AUGAAAGUAGCUGUUGCUCUUCUCCUUUGUGCUAUGUGUCUUCUGGGCCUGGAUGCCCAGUGCCCUGAUCCGAGCACCCUGAAAGAUUCAGAGGGCAACAAACUCUGUGCUCGCAUGUUUGAGGACAGCAACUACUACUAUGAGCAAAGCUGUGGAGGACAGUACCUUGAUGUUAAUCCCAAUGACGAUGUUCCGAUAAUCCCAACGCACUGGAACAACCGCGCAUCCUCUCUGGUGGUGAGCAAGUUCUGCAGCCUGACUGUGUGGUCUCGCAUCAAGAAGAAUGGAACCAAGAGGAAGUUUUCUGCUGGCAUUGUGUACCGCCUCAAAGAUGUGAAGAAGGGCUUGUUUGGAAACUGGGACAAUUCCAUCUCUGCAUACUACUGCACAUGCUAA